AUGGACGGCACACAGUCGCUCAACCACCGCGCGUCGCAGCAGACCAUCAUUUCGCUGCUCGAGCUCGACCCGUCCCCGAUCGAGUCGCCGCAGCCCUCCGACGAGAAGACGCUCGACGACGGCGUCGAAACUGAUGGCUCCGACACCAUCUUGGCGGCGUCGACCGACUUGGCGAGCACCACCACCGGGCCUGGCCUAAGCACCCAUGGCGGCCACAGCACCAUCUUUUACCUCUCACGCAUUCAACGCUACUCUAGCUACGCCAUGUCCGUCUUCACAACCCUGCACCUCGCCAACGUGUCCCUCAUCCCCGCCGCGCAGCGCUCCGUGGCCGCCUCCGAGACCUACCUUCUCAUGGCGCGCGAAAUCUACCAGACGCCCCUCCUGGAGCCGCUCCUCGUCGCCGCGCCCGCAGCCCUGCACGUCGGCGCCGGCAUCGCUCUCCGGCUGCUCCGGCGGCGCGCCAACAUGCGUCGCUACGGCGGCGGCACGCCCGCCAUGUACGCGCUGCACCGCUCGCAGACGGGCGCCGCGGCGCUGUCCCUCUGGCCGCCCUUUAGCUACAUAUCCGCGUCCGGCUACGCGCUGGCGGUGUUUGGCGCCGCGCACGUCUGGGCGAACCGGCUGCUGCCGCUGGCGGUUGACGGCGACAGCGCCAACAUUGGGCUGGCGUACGUGGCGCACAGCUUUGCGCGGCAUCCGGUGAUUGCGCACGCGGCGUACUGGGGGCUGAUUGCGUCGGCUGCGGGCCACAUGGUCUGGGGCGCGGCCAAGUGGUGCGGGUGGGCGCCGUCGACGCAGGGAUGGCGCGGCGCAGCGGCGCUGACGGUGGACAGGAAGACGCAGAGGAACAGGAGGAACAGGUGGCUGUCGCUGCAUGGAGUGGUGGCGCUGGUGGCGGCGGCGUGGGCCGUGGGCGGCAUGGGGGUCGUGGCGAGGGGGGGUUUGCAGGAUGGAUGGGUGGGAAAGUUGUAUGAUGACAUGUUUGCGAGGGUCGGGCUGUGA